UGGCGGUGGCGGUGACGGUGGCGGUGGCGGUGGCGGUGGCGGUAGCGCUGGUGGUGGCAUAGAUUUGUCGCUCCGGCUUGGAUUAUAACUUAUAAAAAUUGUGAAUUUACUAUGCUCAAAAUUGGCGAGUUUGGAUGGAUCCAACGGCUGCAUGCGUGCGACACGUGCAAGGAAUCUUAUACUGAUUUGAGGGCAUUUAGCUUUCGAAAAAACCCAACGGCCAGCGUCGCUUUACCCGCUUGCUAUUGGCCCCCUCCAUCAACGGAGCUAGGGUUUAUAGAGAUAGAGCAGAGGCGAUGAGGAGAUCGUCGCCAAUGCUGGUCGCCAGGCGCACGCCGUCCCCUUCCUCCUCCUCUUCGAUCUCCUCUGCCACCGCUUCCGGAGCUACAUUGUCGCAAUCUCGAUCGCUGCCGGCGAGCAUUCACCCGCAGCAGCUGGGCACGGGCGAGGAAUCGGCCGCCAACGGUGGCAUUGCGCCAGCUCCAGCUCCUCCCCAUUCCUCCGAGGCUAGGGUUUUCAGGCGGGCCGUUUCGGUCCCGGAUCGUAUCAUGCCGGCUGUGGCAGGAGUGCCCGAUUCCAUGGACAUCGACGAGGAGAGCGUCAGGAACGCCAUUCUCUCUCGGAUGCAAGCCGAGGAGAAUGGCCGCUCCGCGAGGCGAUUGAGGUACGAUAAGCUCUCGCGAUCGGAGGAUCAGAUGGUGAGACGUAGCGGAGAAGCCAUGGCCUUUUCCAUGCGAAAUGGUAGUGCUAAAAAGCAGCGGGGCGAUGCGGUGCGUGAGAGAAAUGGUGGCAAUGGUGGUGGGAAUGUGGAGGUGCCUUGCGAGCAGACUGUGGAGGGGAAUGUGCUGAGGCAACCGGUUCCUGUGGCGGUGAAGGUUGAGCCCGUGGAACCGGAGAGCGAUCCAAUCCAGCUCAAAGCCAGUCCAGUCCAGAAGAAUUCUCGUCAGUUCAAGCAAAAGGCCACCGAGCUGUUUGCUUCGCUGCCGUCGUCUUUUUCAUUCGGUGGACGCGCCAGUAGCGUCAAUGGAUCGCCCUCUUUUCAUUCCAGACCUCCGGGAAGAGAUCAAAGUUCACACAAGGAGGACUGGAUGCAGCUUGUCAUGAACGUGAUACUGUGGCGCGAUUUCUCGACGUCGUCGCUCAUUUUUGGAGCUGGCGCUUUUGCCAUUUUGUCUGCCUCGCUUAUGCAAGAUAUCCAUUUGAACAUUGUCACGACUCUGUCGUACUUGGCAUUGACGUAUUUAUCGGCUGUUUUCUUCAGAAUUAACAUUCUGAGAAGAGCGCCGUCUUCUUCAAGCGAUUCCUGGAAGAUAAGUGAAGCCGCAGCGUUGGAGCUGACAAGAGGCGCACUGCCAGCUUUCAAUGCCGUGCUUUUUAAGUUUUCGCAGCUAUUCUCUGGUGAUCCGGGGACGACGCUCAAGGUUGCCGCAACUCUGUGGUGCGUAGCUCAUGUGGGGUAUUGGAUGUCACUGUGGAAUAUCUUCCGACUUGCGUUCUUUGGAGCCUUCCUUGUGCCAAAGUUCUACGUGUCGUACACGGCUCAACUCCACGAAAAAGGGAUUCAUCUCGUGUCCCACUUGAGUUCCGGCUGGGAGAGUUGUCCUCACAAGAAAAUGGUGGCCGGGGUCGCUGCUGUUCUCAUUUGGAAAUUUCUCUCCAUGUCUUCAAGGUUUUGGAUCGCAUUCUUCUCUCUAGUGGCAUUCAAGCAGUACCAGAACUAUCGCUCGGAAGUUCCUUGCGAGGCCAUAAAAAAGGAACACUAGGAAGGAUAAAUUGAACGUAUAUAAGCGCGUUAUUAGCGAGAUUGUUCCGUUGCCGGGACUUGAACCCGGGUCGCUCGGGUGAGAGCCGAGUAUCCUGACCAACUAGACUACAACGGAUUUACUCCCUGAAGUUUUGAAGAAAAGCCAAAUGGAACCACUACUUUGAAA